AUGGAUGCUCUUCGACCCAGACUUCAUUCCGUGGCAGGAUCGCUCAUUUCUCAUCGGCUGCUCCUCUAUACUUUGUCGUCUACCGUUGCUGUUUCCGCUGUGAUAGCCAACGCCUUGCGCAUUCACAGUAACUUCUACUCCAUCACAGUCUAUCUUUCUAAGAGUGGACACAGUGUCCUAGUUCUUGCGAACUUCUGUAUUCUCGUUUUCUUAGUAUGUGGGAGAAUCUUGCAACAGGUGUUCUUUGGAUCUUUGAGGCCUCUCGAGGUGGAGCGUCUUUAUGAACAAAUGCGCUUCUCAAUCCCAGAAUCUCUGCUCGCAUUCACAAUGUUUCGUGAUGAGCUCGACGUACCGUUUGCAUUUAUGUUCGGCUUUCUCCUAUUUGUCAAAUGCUUUCACUGGCUCAUGGCUGAUCGAGUUGAAUGGAUGGAUCAAAUGCCCUAUCCAGGCCCGUCCACGCUAUUCCACCUUCGAAUCAACACUCUGUUUUGCAUUCUAUGGGUCGUCGACUUCGUGAUGUUCAUCGUCGCCUUAGAGAAUAUGUUGGCCAACGGUAUCACGGGCAUGGUGCUAUUCGCGAGCGAGUAUGCGAUUCUGAUGACCAUUGCCACGAACUCCAUGUUGAAAUACCUGCUUUCCGUUUUGGAACUUCGCCGUGCAGCUUCGCGGGGAGGCGAAAACGCACCGCCAUGGGAGAACAAGAGCAUGUGGGUUUUCUAUGUCGAACUAUGGACGGAUUUCAUCAAGCUGGCCACCUAUCUGGUAUUCUUUGCCGCUAUGGCCUUUUACUACGCCGUUCCUCUCAACCUACUGCGCGAUAUCUUCAUGACCGGCCGGUCAUUCAUCACACGCCUUGGGGCGCUGGUACGGUACCAUUCUGCAACCCGUAACAUGGAUGAGCGCUAUCCAAACGCAACUGAAGAGGAGAUGACCUCCAUGAACGACCGAACAUGUAUCAUCUGUCGAGAAGAAAUGGUCGCAGCAGCCUCUCGCGAUGGAGCAACACCAGCAACGCAGCCGGCAGCUCCUGAUGGGCCAAACAUGACGCCUAAGAAGUUGCCUUGCGGGCACAUAUUUCACUUUAGCUGCCUUCGUUCAUGGCUAGAGCGGCAACAAAGCUGUCCCACUUGCCGACACACCGUUCUGGAAACAAACCCUCAACCGACGCGGAGGCCACAGCAGGGUGCCACUCGUGCGCCGGCGCCUCAACCAGGACAGGCAGGCGCCCAGGCCCGACCGCAACCACCCCAUGGCUUUGGCAACGCCCUUCGUGGUAUCCUUGGUUUUCCUGCGCCACCAGCAGCUCAGCCUCCUCCACUCAUUCCGGCUGGACUACAUCCAUUUGGUCAUGCAGGAGGUCAAAUACCCCAGAAUCCGUGGGGUCAAUAUCCACCUCCGGGCUAUCAACCGCAACAGCUUCAGGCCCCGCCUGUCUUUCAUGGGUUCUUUGGUCCAGGUGGUGUCUGGCAACCAUGGCCUUUAGCUCCGCCCGAUCAGGCUGCUGCUCAUCCGCCUGCCAAUGACGCCCAGGCAGGACCCUCGACGCCGUCAACCGUCCCUACUCGCACAUCUUCUGCGCCGCCCGAUCCUCCACAUAAUUCUGCACCAGCGCCUCACAACACCUCUCCUGCGGUCCCCACUACGCCUCCUGACCAGGCAGACGAAGACGCGUCUGGCCCGUCGAAUCCCAGGGAAGCCGCUGCUGCGGCAGCUUUACGGAGGUUUGGGUCUGGUAGUAAUGCCCCUCAGCGAAACGACUCUGCCAACCCUCGCGAUCAAACCGCGCGUGCAACUCCUACUGCAACAAACAACGCUCUACCCCCGUCUCUCCCUAGCACGUCGACGUUGCCCAACGGGUUCGCACAACGGCCGAACGUUCCCUCCCUCAUACCUCUCUCUCACCUUCCACCAACUUUGGCCCCCAAUGCCGCAAUAGGCCACCAACGACCAAUUCCGUCUACAUUUAGAAGUGAUCACGACGAUACCUUCACACCGUCACUGUUGCCGCCAACGUUGACCGACGAGCAGCUCUCGCGCCUGGAUACUCUCACCCGGGAGGCAAUCGACGAGAGACUGAGGAUCUUGGAGAAUAUCUCGAGCACGGUCCAACGCUGCGUCGAGGAUCUGACACGAGUGAGGAGUGUGUUGCCGGCGUCCUCUGCGACUGGCAAUGGCUCCGCUCGGGAGAAUGGGAGUGCGCCCGAAACUGUACCUACGUCAAAGGCAAACGAGACUGAGGCUUCUUCGAGUGCGAGAGCGGCGGAGAAAAAACCGGAGCAAGAGCCUGUUGUGGUGAGCGUCUCGAGUGAGGAAGAGGAUCAGGCGUAG